AUGGGCCACUAUGCCAGUCAGUGUCCCACUAAGAAGAUCGCUGGAGGGGCCACACCACAGCAGAAACCCCAGAAGGCGUUAGCCGAUCGACCCCAAGCUGCGGGGAGAGUGUUUGCACUUACCAAUACUGAGGCCACUCAGUCAGGUGCUACUCACUCAUUCAUCUCUCAAGAGUGUGUGAGUAGGCUUGGACUUGUAGCUCGUGAUUUGGGUUGUGAGCUGGCAGUCUCGACACCUGCAUCAGGGCAAGUAUCCACCAAUCUGGCAUGUCCCGGUUGUGUUAUUGAGGUGGCAGGGCACAAGUUCAAGGUGAACCUCAUUUGCUUGCCAUUGGAGGGACUGGACGUGAUACUCGGGAUGGACUGGCUGUCGGACAAUUGCGUCAUGAUUGAUUGCGAACGGCGCAAUGUGGUAUUUCUUGAGAAUGAUGGGCUACCUUUAAUCUCCAUCCGUGAGGUGGUACAUGAGGCGACUGGUGGAGCUUCUUGUUAUGUGAUAAUGGUGCAGCCGGAGAAGUGA